GAAGCCUGAGCCCACAGCCGGCGCCGUGCGCAGGGAUGGGCAGCGUGCUCUGAAGUUUGUGAGUUUGUGACCGCUGCAGCCAACUCCUGGCGGGAGCGGGGACCCAGCAAGUGAGAGGCCCUCCGCAAACCCCACAGCUGGAGGGUGAGGCCCGAGAGCCCUUCUGGGGCCACAGGAGUGCGUCCUCCAGGCCCGGUGCUCCCGCGCCUGAUCGGGGUUCAUGGAGCUGGGGCUGUGGCUACUCUUCGGGCUCACAGUGACCUCCGCUGCAGGAUUGGUGCCUGGCACCCAGCCUGCAGCCAGUUUGGAGGGGGACAUUGAGACCGUGGCCAGGACUGCAGCGCAGGGUUCAAGUCCCCGGAGCCCUGGGCAGGAGCAGGGACCAGGUUGGUUUGGGGAGCAGGUGGCCAAGGGGAGCCCUGCACGCCGCCGAGCCAGACGCUGCACGUGUUUCACCUACAAGGACAAGGAGUGCGUCUACUAUUGCCACCUGGACAUCAUCUGGAUCAAUACCCCUGAACAGACUGUGCCCUAUGGACUGUCCAGCUACCGAGGACACUCCCGCAGCCGGAGGUCCACAGCGCCGUUUCCACGGAGCCCACAGCCCUCAAAGUGGACACUGCGCUGUGCUUGUGCGGCGAGCCACGACCCCGCCUGUGAGCGUUUCUGCACCGGAACCCUGGCUGUCGGCAGGCACUCAGGGGCCGAAGAAUUGGACCAAGGAGAGGCAGUGCUGGCCGGCGGGGUGGACAGAGGCCCGCAUCCGAGGAGGUAGGUUGAAGUCAAGGACAGACAGACAGAGCCGUCUUUAGACCUCCACCAUCACAGGCUUGCCCGGCGUGGGCCCCGCCUCCGCCUGCUGCCCCUGGAGCCCCCCAGGAGGCCUGCCCAGCCCGUGUUCCUGCCCCGACACGGUCCACAUUUCUGCCUCUUUGAGGACAAAGAAUGAGUCCUGCCUGGGGGAGAAAACCCACCCAGAGGGUCCUCACCUAAACAGUACAUCCUUCCCCAAGAAUCCCCAUCCAAACAGCCCAGUUUCCCUCUGGGGACAGUGAUCCCAGAUGUGCCCUGGGCCGGCACCCUCCGUGGCCUUCCUGCUGGAGAGGGUUUGGAGAGGCCUGGCACAUUUCGACUUGACUCCUCUUGGCGAGUCAGUAACUCCAAGAUAACCCUUUGCAGGUAAACACAUGUCCAUCUCACAGCUGCUGCCACACACUUGGAUCCUAAUGUAGAGCAGGAUGUGCAGGGCGGAGCUGUGUGCUGGCACCAGGAGGGGCUGCUGUAGAUUCAGUGCUAGCUGCACAGGACUCGAGGAGUUGGAGGCUUAUAAGACUUAGACAGACAGGUCCAGCUGUGCUUGAAGAAGAAGAAGGAAACGAAGAAGGAAAAGAAAAAAGAAGCUUUGAUGUUUGUGACAAGGAGAGACUGGUUAGCUGGGAGGGGUGGCCUGGGGAGGAGCAGCAGCGUGCGCCAUGAACUUGUCUGCAGGAAGCUGCUGGAAAGCCACCCAGGGUCAAGGCCAUUAGGUGAAUCCCGUAUUUGCUUUCAUGAAUAAAUGUUCGUCUUCAGGAAAUGGCUUCAAAAUAAGCCCCGAACACAAACUAUUUGUAAAUUAUGUAAAUUCCUAUUUAUCUGUAUGAUUGGGAACAACUGGGAAUUGUGACGCCCGCCCGAAGGCUCCCCAUCUUGUUCAUCUGCGUGGUCCCAGCCAGGCUGAGGUGACUGCGUCUGAGCAUGUGAUUGGGUGUGAGCCCCUCCGGGGGCCAGGCCACCUGCCUCCCCUCCACAGCAGGCAUGAGGACUGGCACUGGGGUGUGUGCUGAGGUCCCGACCCGGGGGAGUUUAGGGGGAUGAAUGCCAGAGCGUUGUUGGCCUUGACCAGAUGUUAAUUCUCUCUGAGUGCCCUGAGUUCUGACAGGUGUGGAGGUGAAUGUCCAGCCCCCGGAAACGGAGGGACGGUUCCCUGGCAGGCUCCUGGAUGGUGUAGAGAAGCAAUUAUUUAUUGUGCAGCUCUUCUCUCCUCCGAGUGCUUUAUGUGGCUGUUCAAAGGAAGCUGCUCUACAUAGAGAGAUUUUACAUUGUGUUCUGAACCCAAGCUCAUGUUCCUUGGAGUUUGAAUUACAUUUUUAAAAUGCAACUCACUGUUUUGCUCAGUGGCAAGACUAUCUGGGCGAGAAUUCCAUGCAUUGUGCUAAACUCACGAAAUACUGCCGAAUGCAUAAUAAAAACGUCUCAA